UCAUUACGACACAGAGAAACGUUACAACGAAACCAAGCGAAGCGGGAGAAUAACGCGGUCCGCGGAAGAUGUCGGUGUUGCAAUGCUGACGUUAUAGACGAGCCUUCUCUUCGCCGCCUUUUAGUCUUCGUCUUCAGAGCGGUGGGUAGCAGUCAGCGCGGCGAUUUGCCGGCAAGACUUUUGGCAGCGUUUAGAACGGAACACACAGAGCGCGAGGAACGAACGAACAAGCAAUCGAGUUACGAAAAAGCUCGCGCAGAAAACAGGCUUUUCCGAAAGUCAACCCGGUAUCGGAGCUUUAUGCAAGGCACCCUUCCGGUGAUCUGACAGUUCGCGCGUGGAGAUGAAAAGCUGCAUUUGGGGGAAAUAUUAAUCUGCACCGUGUAAAAGUAAUAGAGAAAGUAACAAAGUAAGAGAAAAGUGAGUUAAUUUGCGAAGAAGUGCUUUGAAGCUGAAGGACGAGAGAACCAGUUGACACUCGUUUCUACUGCGAGCGUGUCUGGAUUGUGAUCAUCAUACAUCAUAAUACAUCGGUGGAAUGGCAUCAAAUCGCAGCGCGCUAGAUCGCCUCUCAUGCAGGCACGUAUUGAACAUCAUGGUGAUUCUCGGAUUUAUGCUGAAUUACAUGCUGCGCGUAAAUCUGACAAUAGCAAUCGUCUCGAUGGUGAUACCGAGCAACAGUAGCAGUCAACAUUCGCAUUCCAACAAAUCGUUGGUGAAUGAAUGCUUUUCCCGAGCGACGAUGACAAGCGAUCUCACAUCGACAAGUCCGAUCAACGUUGCCGGUAAUAGAGUUAACGAGACGAACAAUGGCACCACGUUCGUAAGAGCGUCCCCACAGUGGCACUUGGAGGAACGAGAACAGACGAAAUAUCCAUGGGACGAGUACGAGGUGAACAUGAUCAUGGGUAGCUUCUUCUGGGGUUACAUCUGCACGGAAUUACCGGGCGGACGACUCGCGGAGAUCAUCGGCACGAGACGGGUCUUCGGCUACAGCAUGUUGGUUUCGAGUUUCAUCACCCUGCUGACGCCGCUGGCAGCCACCUUCGGCUACGCUACAAUCGCCGCGUCGCGAGGCAUACUGGGAUUCAUGCUUGGUGCCACCUGGCCUGCCAUGCAGCCAAUGACUGCUCGAUGGAUUCCACCGACGGAGCGUAGCAAAUUCGUCUCUAACAUGAUGGCCUCAUCGCUCGGAGCCGCGAUAACCAUGCCGAUGUGCGGAUUCCUCAUCGCCUCGCUCGGCUGGGAGUCGGUCUUCUACGUGACCGGCGCAAUCGGCAUUAUAUGGAGCGCGGUAUGGUUCCUGCUGGUGUUCGACUCGCCGUCGCAGCAUCCGCGCAUCAGCGCUGAGGAACGGCGCUAUAUUGAGGACGCGAUUGGAACGACCGCCACCACUAAGAUACGUUCGCCAGUGCCAUGGCGUUCAAUUGUCACCUCGGCACCCGUGUGGGCCAUCGUGAUAACGCACACGUGCAGCGUCUUCGGUUUUACCACUAUUGUCCACCAGCUUCCAACUUACAUGAACUACAUCUUAAACUUCAACGUUAAGGAGAACGGCCUGUUAUCCUCAUUGCCGUAUUUCGGCAAGUACAUCUGCGCGGUAUUAUUAUCCACUCUGGCCGAUUACUUGCGUCGCACGAACAAAUUGACCGUCACCGCAAUCCGCAAAAUUUUCACAACAUUAGCUGUGUUAUCUCCCGGCAUUCUCAUGAUGCUCCAAGCCUAUUACGGUUGCAAUCGCACGGCAUCAGUUGCCAUAUUCACCGCCGCCCUGACGAUAAACGGCGGCGUGACGGCUGGUUAUCUGGGAAACGGUCUCGACAUCGCUCCCAAUUUCUCCGGAACUAUAUUCGGCAUCGCCAACACCUUCAGCUCGAUAGGCGGUUUCGUCAGUAGCCAACUGGUCGGCGCCAUUACCUACCAAAAUCAAACGUACACGCAGUGGACCAUCAUUUUCUGGACUUUGGCGGCUGCGUAUUGCAUCGGUGCACUUACGUUCGCCAUUUUCGGCACCGGCGAGUUGCAAAAGUGGAACAGCCCGCUUGAUAGCCAGACGAAGAAAAACGGCGUCGCUCUAGAGAAUGAUCCUGAAUCGAUUCCUCUCAAAGACAAACCAACUGUAUAACGUUUUAAAUAAGAACUGCGUGGACUGUCAGGACGUUGCGAAAUGAGUGCGACGAUAGAAGUGUGUCGAUUUAUCGAGACACGAUAUAUUCCAAACGGGACAGUAUUCUUUCUCCUCACGUUUUUAUUACUUUCGAAUAUUACGCCGAUUGGUUGAUCUUUUAACUUAGCAAUAGUUAGCAAGACGCAUCCCUAUUUUUUAUUGCUCGCUAACUUAGAAUUGAAAUAUGUUUUGUAAAAAAUGUUUUUUACAAAUUCAUAAAUGUAAUUUUAAUUCAUAAAUGUAAUUUAUUAUCACAAUUAUUUUCUAUUGUAUAAAUAGAAUGACGCAGAAGGCACGCAACAAAGAUAGAAACUUUGAAUUUUAUAUCACACUUUUAUAUCAUUUUUAUUAUAAUAACAUCGAAUUAAGUUCGCUUCGUUAGUUUUGUCAAAUUGUCAGGAUUGAAUGAUAUAGAAUGAUUAUAUGUUUUACAUCUAAUUUUUGACUACCCGCCCGAGUCGAAAUUUUAUUCCUAAUUUCAACCUCUAUUUUUUCACGUUUACGGAUUCUGGAGGAUUUUGAUAGAUUUUAUUUAUAUAAGAAUAUAUAUGUAUUGUAUUGUAUUUGCUCCUAUUUUGUACCUCAAAUAGACAGCAAACGAACUGUUUCUUAUUAUGGUUUAAAAGAAGAGUUUCGGUAAAGAGCCAAAGGUUAAAUCAAGAUAAGGUAAAGAGCCAAAGGUUAAAUCAAGAUAAGGUAAUGUGACUGCCUAAAGUAUCAAAUUAGGUGUUAGAUUGAACAUUUUGGUCAAAAAUAGGAGAAAAAUUUCGACUCGGGGAUAUAUCAUAAUAAGUUGCACAGUUACCAAAAAAAAGAAAAAAAAGAUAAAUGUCAUGAGAAGCGUUUAGUCCAAUUAUACAGUAAUUCAUUGAAUUUUUAAAUAAAUAGACAAUUUUUAGUAAA